CCGCACCGCAUAAAGCCACAGACGCACAGUGUGCCUAGCAGCCGCUCGGGCUGGUCUCCGCUGCAGAGAAGCUGCUCCGAUGCUCCAGAGCGGCCAUGGGCGCCCCGCACUGGUGGGACCACCUGCGGGCUGGCAGUUCAGAGGUAGAUUGGUGCGAGGACAACUACACCAUCGUGCCUGCCAUCGCCGAGUUCUACAACACGAUCAGCAACAUCUUGUUUUUCAUUUUACCACCCAUCUGCAUGUGCUUGUUCCGCCAGUACGCAGCGUGCUUCAACAGCGGCAUCUACUUAAUAUGGACGCUCCUAGUUGUAGUGGGGAUUGGAUCUGUCUACUUCCAUGCAACUCUGAGUUUCCUGGGUCAGAUGCUUGAUGAACUUGCCAUUCUUUGGGUUCUGAUGUGUGCUUUGGCCAUGUGGUUUCCCAGGAGGUAUUUACCAAAGAUCUUUCGGAAUGACAGGGGCAGGUUCAAGGCAGUGGUGUGUGUCCUGUCUGCAAUUACAACGUGCCUAGCGUUUGUCAAGCCCGCCAUCAACAAUAUCUCUCUGAUGAUUCUGGGAGUUCCGUGCACUGCGUUGCUUGUUGCAGAGCUGAAGAGGUGUGACAAUGUGCGUGUGUUUAAGCUGGGCCUCUUCUCUGGCCUCUGGUGGACUCUGGCUCUCUUCUGCUGGAUCAGCGACCGAGCCUUCUGUGAGCUGCUGUCCUCCUUUCACUUCCCCUACCUGCACUGCGUGUGGCAUAUUCUCAUCUGCCUUGCUGCGUACCUGGGCUGUGUGUGCUUCGCCUACUUUGAUGCUGCCUCAGAGAUACCUGAACAAGGCCCAGUCAUCAGAUUCUGGCCCAGCGAGAAAUGGGCUUUUAUUGGUGUCCCCUAUGUGUCCCUCCUGUGUGCCCACAAGAAGUCACCAGUCAAGAUCACGUGAUGGCAAGGCAGUGACCAGCUCUCUACCUACUUGUAUUCGAGUGUGCGCUGGGCUUUGUUUGCUAGCAAAGAUGGCAGAGGGGGUUGAGGAAUUGGUGUGGUGUGGGUGUUUAAAAUUCUGCUCCUUUAUGAUCUAACUGGACCACCGUGCCUGACUUCCCCAGGUUGGGAAACGGAAGGCUCAGGGACACAAGGUGACUCCCUCAGUAUCCUUUCCAGGCACACGGGCUUGCUGGGUUAUGUCCAUAAUGACAAUGACAUCGACAGAGUAAUUCUUUGGGAGACCUAGGGCAGCCCAAAGCUUCUUGCUGGAGAAGGUGGCUCGCUGUAGAUCCCACCAUUUCCAGACUCUCUCUUUACACAGGACUCAACCCCCUGAUAUACAAGACCUUCUGAUUGUGUGAUGGAAGGUUCCAGAACUUUUCAUUUUACCAGGAAAAACUGUCCUUUCAACAAAACCAAGUGGGCAAGAUACACGUGGGGGCAGUGACUAAGGCAGGUGGCUUGUCACUCGUACCUCUUAGCUUUCCCAGGUUCUCCAUGUGUUUGUGGAUCCUUCCACUACCUCUGCUGAGAGAUGGAGCCACAGCUUCAGAGGGCAAAGCCGGUCACACCCUCUAUGCCAAAAGCUACCCUCCACUUUAAGCACACAUUAAAUACUGACACUAUUUCUGCUCUUCCAGAGUGCAGCGGCCUCAGACCCACAGAGAAUCCUUCAGGUGUGGAGAUUCCACACACAGCCCCCUCUUGUGACCUCUGUGAGAGCAAGGCAGCUCUGGGGGGUUUGACUGUGGAGCUCCUGUGAAGAUCUUGUAAAGCUUUUCUUAUCGGAAGCUUUCGGUGUGUUGUAGUCUCCCUAAGACGUGGGCCUCCUGGGGAUGUAGCCUCCCUAGGGUGUGGGCCUCCAGCUUUUGUUUCCAUAAUCCCUGGUGCUAACUGGUUUCUCAGAGCACUUUGCUCUUCUUGCUGAUGCUGGGCAGUCACUACACUCUGAUUGGCUGGCUGGGGAUCACAGGUAGGUAGGGGCAGACUUUGACAUGAGAGUCUCUCACCUGCAUCCUACUGUCUUCACUGGGCUAUCUUCAGGGUAGGAGGUGGGUCUGGGGUAUCUCAGGGAUGUUUGUAACUCAGGCACCUUCUGCUUUCUGACAUUCCAUUGUCCAUGGUGGGACAGCGCUCAGGGGACUGGAGUUGGAACACCUUCCUGAGUGGUGUCCUGAGUCUGAAGGAGCUAGCUGCUGGUACUGGCACUUCCAGGAACUCACUCUGUUUAGAACCCUCACAGGGUACAAAGUGGGAACUGGACUUAAGAGGUUUUAAAUGAAUAGACUUCGUUCUGCUUUUGUGGCUUUGGAGUUUUAGAAGUGACUUGCUGGGCUAUUCCUUGUUUAUAGUGACAAAUAUUUAUAGAACAUGAAUGUGUAAAAUAAGUUGUCUUUUAUUAAAUUUAAAGCAUUUACCAAAUCCCCCAGGCAGCAAACACAGUCAUUUGAUUGGCGAUUUUACAAGGCAGGAAUACUUGGUUCUGAAUGAUUGUAUAUAUCAUUUUUACUCCAGCUUAAAAUAGGUUUAAAAUGAUUUUGAGUUAGAUAUUUGUGGUAACCUAGGGGUUCGUGGACCAGAAUUGCGGCUGAGUCCUUUGGUUUUUUUGAGUCUAGAAUUUUUCAGAGUGCAAAAUCAAGCUAGCCUUGUUUCCGGUUCAUCUUACCAGGCACAGGAGCUGCCCUUAUAUAUAUAUAUAUAUAUAUAUAUUCUACACUGUUUAAAUGUCCUGAAGAUGACAUUGAGCUGCCUUCAUCUGGAAGGGUCGUCUGGGGCUUGAGAGUGUGUUCAGCAGUUAAGAACACAUGUUGCUCUCUCCCAGAGGACCCAGCCGUGAUCCCCAGGGAGCUCGUGAAGCUCAUAACCCGAAACUCCAGCCCUGGGGCAUCCGACGACCUCUUCUGACUUCUAAGGGCAUGGAGCAUGCAUGUGGUACACAUAUACAGACAGGCAGGCAAAGCAUUUGUACCUGUAAAGUAAUAAAUGAACAAGUUAAUCAGAAGGCUGAAGGAAAGGGGUUUUAGAUGCAAGGUUUAGUGUGUCCUGAGGGCCCGUCCAUAGCAUCAGUGGUGUCCUCAAAGUCAGGGAAGAACCAUUUCUUUUUUUAUCAGGAAGAGGACUUAGUCCCUAGGGACUCUGCCGACAUCCCUAGGUAUAGGGAUAAAAUAAUGAUGGAUGUGCGUGAACAUGAUUGGGGGCAAGGAGCUGAGCGCCUGACUCCACUCAGUGGACCACUUCCCCAGGUGUGUCCUACCAUAGCUGGCUUGGGAGGGAGCGUGUUAGGGCAAACAUCUUUUUUUCCCCUUCCGUCUGAGACAGAGCUUUGCCUUUCUCAUGUCUCAGGCUGGCAUCAAUACUCACGCUAUAGCCCAGGCUAGCCUCAAGCUGAUGGUGAAACCCCAAGUGCUAAGUAUAACUAUAGGGGCGAGGUACCACACCCAUCUUAAACAGAAAUCUCUCCAGCUUUCAAGCAUGGGCCUGACCAGUCAAGGGAGCAGAUAUCUAUGAAUCUAAUUUUGAGCUGGGCUUUGGACACUGAUCACUUUUUUUUUAAAAUGAAAGCUUUACACGUUCAAAGGAAAUUGGGACACUACAGAAAAGCAGCAGAAGAAAGCGUUACUCUACCUCUCUUGCCUUAGAGCCUCCAUCGCUGACAUUUUGGCUUUGGGGAGUGUUUCCUUCCUAUCCUUUCUGGCCUACUACAGCUACAAUGAGAUGUCGUUUGGACCAUCUAUCCUUGAAUAGAUGCACACCAGCAUUUUCAUGGAGAGCUAGCCUUCUCUCCUAUGCUGACGGCUGCAUUCCGAGCUCACCGCUGGAGCUACCUUUCCUGGGAAGCCUGACUGGAGAGGCUCCUAAGACAUGAACUGAUUUUGGCUUUGCAGUGUAACACUUCACAUUUGGAUCACAGUGAACGGCUGUUAAAGCUCCGACUUCAUGGAUUCUAGUGUGUUGUUGUAAGGACAAACGGAGCCCGGUAACCAAUGUGCACUCCAGAAUCUGCUCCCUUCUGGUAGAGAUGACAUCGAUGAGCGAUGUCCUGACCACUGUUCCCAGCAUGGGUGUUGGGCUCUGUUCUGUUCCGAAUCUGCCUGAGAUCUCAGGACAGAGGAAGCCAUGAAUGUUACCAAGUGGCCAUGGCUGUCAGUGAUUUUACAGUUUUGAUCCAUUGCUGGGUUUUAGGAGAUGAAUUCUUCUCUCUUUAGUGCCCCGUGAUGCCAAAGCCAGCCCUUCAGAAGUGUUCUUUCUGUCCUCUUCCCUUUGUAAUGUGAUCCACACGGGGAAAUGGGUGUCUAUCCAGUGAAAAGUGCCUACACCAGUCACGGGUCAACAGUGUUGUGUUGAGGAUCAAACAUGGUUCUGUAAGAAUCCUGCCACCCAUUCUAUUGGUUGGAAUUCUCAGGGGUCUGAAUCUUUUCCCAACCCCCACCCAGAGCCAACACUGGGCUUUGAACCUUCUCUGGCUCUCUUCUUCCCUCAGGUCUGACAACUAAUGGUCUCUGGGGACACCCAGCUAGGGCCCUCCCCCUAGCUCCUUAUUCAGCUGAACUUGGAUUCUUCCCAACCAGGGCUUGACCUGGAUGCUGUUAGUCCCACUGGCCAAUAACACAUCUUUGGCCAGAUUGGGAUUCUCAAUAGAUUUUAUAGACAUUAUUCUCCCCCAGACUUUAAAACAUAGCUUGUGUCUUUCCCUACACAUCAGGUCAGAUUUAAAACUAUUUUAUAACCACAAUAAUUAAACCAAGCAAAUAGAGUACUUUCAGAUAUACACUGUGUUUUGUACUUUAUGUAGAGUGUGCUAUGUAUAGGUGGUAUGUACCCUGGCUGAGGUAAUGUUAAUCAUAGCUCUGGAAGGAUUUGCAGACCUUUUGCACUUUAUGCUUUUUUGUGUGAACUCUGAUAACCAUGGUCAAUAUUAAAGCCAUUAGCUGGCAUUUUCUGUGAAUAAACAUGCA